UCAUGCUGCGGCGCAGCAACUUGCUCGGCAGUAUGUAGCGCCUGUGGGAAAUUUCAAAAUAGUAUGGCGACGAGGAUUGCCUACGCCUUCAUCCUUCUCAUCAAUUCAAUCAUAUCUUGGAUAAUGCUUACGCCCUUCGCGCUCAAAAAACUGCAACACCUGACUUUGGAUUAUAUGGAAAUUCGGUGCGACGGUAAAGAAUGUACAGGUUGGGUGGCUGUUCAUCGCAUCAACUUCGCGCUUGGUCUGUUCCAUCUCAUUCUUGCAGUCUGGCUGCUUGGUGUGAAGUCGUCCAAAGAGGGCCGUGCGUCUCUCCAGAACGGCUUCUGGGGUCCGAAGAUUGUCCUGUGGAUCGCUUUUGUGGUCAUGUCAUUCUUCAUUCCCGAGCCUUUCUUCUUCAUUUACGGUCAUUACAUCGCCUUCAUCUGUGCGAUGCUGUUCCUUUUGCUAGGACUUAUUCUCCUUGUCGACCUGGCACAUUCAUGGGCGGAGCUAUGUCUGCAGAAGAUCGACGACAAUGACUCGAGGGUUUGGCGGGGCCUGCUUAUUGGAUCCACCGUGGGCAUGUACCUAGCAUCGAUCGUGAUGACGAUCUUGAUGUAUAUCUUCUUUGCUCGCAGCGGAUGCACCAUGAACCAGGUUGCCAUCAGUAUUAACUUGGUGGUUUUCCUGAUAAUUUCCGUUGUUUCCGUUCAGCCCGUGGUUCAAGAGUCCAAUCCCAGAGCAGGGUUGGCUCAAGCGGCUAUGGUAACCGUCUAUUGCACGUAUCUGACUAUGUCGGCUGUUUCGAUGGAGCCGGAUGACAACCAAUGCAACCCUCUAAUUCGGGCCCGAGGCACGAGAACCGCUACUAUUGUCCUGGGUGCGAUUGCCACCAUGGCCACAAUUGCGUACACCACUACCCGCGCAGCUACCCAAGGCAUUGCGCUAGGAUCCAAAGGCGGACACAACUACUCGCAACUUGGUAUGGAUGAUAAUGAGCAUGGCCUUGUAACCCAGCAGCCCAUCAGUCGUCGUGAGAUGCGGGCAGAUGCUCUCCGUGCAGCCGUUGCCAGUGGUAGCUUGCCCGCCAGCGCACUGGACGAAGACAGCGAUGACGAGUCUGACUACGACGAGACUAAGGACGACGAGAGAAGCUCAACACAGUACAACUACUCGCUUUUCCACAUCAUCUUUUUCCUGGCAACUACGUGGGUAGCUACCCUUCUGACGCAAAACCUGGACCCCGAUUCCAUCGAUGACUUUGCUCCGGUAGGCCGGACUUACUGGGCCAGUUGGGUGAAGAUCAUCAGCGCGUGGGUUUGCUACGCUAUUUACUUGUGGACUUUGAUCGCCCCCGUUGUCCUUCCCGAUCGCUUCGACACCUAUUGAACGAGAUGUGCUGUGCAUUCAUUUCGCCUUUCUGGCUUUCGUGUCUUUUCAGCGGAGUAUGGCGUUUGAGCGGUGCUUGACAAUUCUCUGAAUGUCCACUGUAUAUUGGUCUCUCUUUUGGCACAG